AUGAAAAAGCUUCCUAAGCAAAAUUUUGGGGCAGGUGGGCAUGAGUCCCUUUUGGAUUCUUAUGGGUGCUACUCCUGCAUUGUAUGUUUGUGGAUGAGUCAUGCUCAAAUUCCCUUUUUGUUGCGUGAUUUUCUUGAGUGCAAGAUUUAUGCUCAAGACAUCCCGUGGGAUGAUUUCGAAUUCCCCUUAAUGUAUGAUAUCAUGAGUGAUUGUAAUAUACUACUUAGUAAUGAUGAUCAUGAUGCAGAGCACGAUGAGAAAACUCCACUGCUUUUGCUACAACAUUGUCUAGUAAGGAGAGUGACAGUGGUGCCCAGGCUUAGUCUAGAGAAGAAGAAACGGGAAUAUGUUCCAGACAAGUUCAAGGUCAAACUUGUGGAGAACUUGGCUUUAGGGUGUGAGAUAGAAGUGUCGUGUGAUGAGAAUUGUGAUUUGCAUCGGAAAAAUUGGGAUUUGUGUAAUGAGUUUAUAAAGUUAACUAAGCUUGUGAAUCCAUUCAUUACUCCAUCAACAAGGGUGGGUUCUAGUGUUACGAUGGUUCUUGAAUCGAAGUUAGAAAAUGUGAGGCGUGAUUUGAGGUUGUUACAAGAAGGGAAAGUUACUUUGGAAAAUAAGUUGGUCGAUAAUCAUCUUCUAGAGGGAUAUAUUUCUCUUUUGUAUAUUAAGGUGGCUUCAUUAGAGUUAGAAAAUAUUGGGCAUGUGGAUAAGAUCGUCAUGUUAGAGUUGGGCGUUCAGAAAUUAAAAUGUGAUCUUAGAGUGUUUGCAGUGAAGAAUACUGACCUUUAG